CAACUUUGCGACUUGCUCUGUGAGCCUCACCCCAGACGCUCUGGAAUUUUUCCUGCAAGGCUGAACCUCUGCUAGCCAACUGUUGACUUUCAAAACUUGCGCAUCCAACCCCCGAAGACCUCCCCAAGUCGCGUUUUUUUCCCCUGGCAAUUCACUCAAUAUGGCAGACCAAGACGAAGCGCAGUAUGAGGCCAACGAGCGCAAUAUUGUUCGUACCUGGCGAGCGUGGAGAACAGUCCAUGAGAUGGUCCACGAUCGUGGCUACGAGCUUGGCGAAGAAGAAGUCAAGAUUCCGCUAGAAGAGUUCCGUCACAAAUACACCAACGCAGAUGGUAGCUUGAGCCGCACGCUGCUCAAGUUCUCGGCGAAACCCAGCGAUGAAAUGCAACGCAAAUUUAUGCCUCCCGCGACACCACAGAACACCGAACCCGUUUCCGACUGCGGCACCGUCUGGGUCGAGUUCCUUGACGAUUCGGCGCUCGGCGCGGAGCAGAUGCGCAAGUUUGGUCGCUUCUGCGCCGAUAAUCAUUACAAAAGCGGCAUCCUGUUGUCCAACGUCGCCGUCUCCUCGUCGGCCAAGAAGGAGAUCUCUAAGUUCUCCCAAUGGACCACAAUCGAGUGGUUCCUCGAGGAUGACCUGCUCAUCAACAUCACCCACCACGAGCUUGUGCCUCGCCAUGUUAUCCUCAGCAGGGAUGAGAAGGUGGCGCUGCUGAAGCGAUAUCGAUUGAAGGAGACGCAGCUGCCACGUAUCCUGGUACGGGACCCUGUUGCGAAAUACUUUGGCAUGAAGCGGGGGCAAGUGGUCAAGAUCAUCCGUAGGAGUGAGACAGCUGGGCGGUACGCCAGUUACCGGUUGUGUGUAUGAGCGGCAUAACUUGAUUGUGACAACAAAAGAAAAGGUCUGACGCGGCGUCUAUGAGCAUUGCUGUUUGGUUGGCUGGCUGGCGUUUUCGGUUCGACGGACUUUCCGCUGCUUGAUAUAGG